AUGGUUGGAAGCAAGCGCGCGAGGAGCAAAACCGCCGUGAUGGCUAAAUCUGCGACGGCCCAAAGCCACUCCACCCAUGAUCCCGCGAUCGACAUGGUGGCACCACCACCUCUCACCACCGUGCCACCUACCAGACUCGCAGCCGGAUCUAGCAACCUCCGUGGCACUGCCACCGAGCAUGGUGGAACCUCCCAUCAAGGUGGGCUCGUUACCACCACUGACUGA